AUGGGAGAUCUCUUCGAAUUUACCCCCGGAAUCGUACCAAAAGUUGUCCAGAUUGAUUCACGUCAAGGACAUAUUGAGUAUUAUCUUCAGACUUCCUGCUUCAAGGAAAUCAACGAUAAUCUGAUGCAUAUGCAACGGCAUAUGAUAAACAAUAUGAAGCCAUCUGUCUCCAGAUUUAUUUACUGCAAGCAGAGAAAUCAAAUUUUGCUGACAGAACUGAAAACUCUAAAGAAGAGGCAUCUGAUGAUUAGUGACGCAGUACAAACGCUGAAUAUAAUCUUCAGUCUACAACUCCUUGUUACUGUAGUUAUGUGUUUUUCAGUAAUCACCUUUGAAUUGUACUUCUAUGCAUUGCGCUGGCAAGAUGGAACGUUCAUUAUUAGUUUGGAUAGAAAUUUUCUUGAUUUGCUUACAAUGACCAUAAUAUAUAAUGUUUUGAAAAUAACGCUACUUGUGUGGGUCUGCGAGACGAGUAAAAACCAGGCUCAAGAGAUUCGUACCACUAUUCACGAUUUACUAAACAGCACCAGUGAUAAGAAAAUAAAAUACGAG